AGUGCAAAGUGAAAGUGAAAGCACUGAAGCAGAAAAAGAGAACUACGAUAAUACCAGACACAGGAUAAAAACCAGCAUGGGAAAAACUUACCAGGUCAUGAUAAAUGGAAUAAAAGGAGAGAAAAUAACAGUUGAUGUUGGGAAUUCAGAGGAUCAGAUGAAGAACAUGACUGUUUUAGAGCUAAAGAAGAAAAUUGCUCUGAAGCUGCCAGGGACAGCAGACGAUGACUUGAGCAGCCUGAGGCUGAUUUUCACCGACAAACAGCUAGAAGAUUCCUGCCAGCUCUCCUCUUAUGGGAUCCAAGACAAGUCCGUCAUUCAGUUGGUGAUCCGGUUGCCUGGGGGUGCACAGCUUCCCCAAUGAAGUACAGCAAAGAUUCCUACAGGGGGCACCACUAUGCACCUGAAAAACACUGUCUAGCACUGCCAAAUGAGAGAAUGAUUUCUGUUGGUGGGAAACUGGACAAUAUUCUCGUGAUUGAUAACCUGCCAUGGAUUAACCGUAUGGGCUUUUGGGUACAUGCCCAUGGGCACCACUUCCACCGGGGGCCCAUGCAGAAAAAGCCCCCCCCUCCAGUCCCAUUCAUGGAUGUCUUUUAAAAAGUUAAUGUGAUUUAAUGAACAGUUUAUUUAGUAUGAUUGCAUAUUAAUCUCACAAUGCUGUACUCACUGUGAAGUGUAACAUUUUCCCCUUGUUAGAUGUAUUCCUGAAUUUGGUGAGCCACCAAUCAGCUCUCUUCUUGUCGUCAUGUGUCCUGUUGGCCAGGGGCACUUCAUUAUGCUUUGAAACAUUUAAUAUACUAAACAUGUAAUUCAAUAAUGCAAGCUUGCUUAAGUAAUAGGUUUUCAUCUUUAGAUAAGAGGAACUAACGUAUUUUGGUAUGAUGGCUUAUUCUGCAAAAAGGACCCGGUCAAUGUACAGACCUGACCCGAGAAGUAAGGCUGCUGCAGAAAGCAAUUUACGAAAGGCAUGUAUGGUGGGGUUAGGGAUACAUGACGAGAAAACAAAGGAACAUUACAUGGGGAAGUGAGAAGAACUCAACUUGUUUAAACAGGGUAAUGAAACCACAGAAAUGAUCACGCAUAGGUUGGCCCUGCCUUGAACAGAUAAUGAGGCCCAUGUAAGAGAAGUAACUGGUGUCCACAGAUAUCCGAUCCCUCCUUGAACUGUCUGUAAACUGGCGCAUUUUUGGCUAUAAAAGAUGUAUGUACUUGUUGUUCGGGGAACAGAGCGCAACACGCAUGAGAAACCGCUGAGUGCCUGUUUCCCUAAAGCUUUGCAGUACAAUAAAGUUUGUCAGACUGUUAAACAA